AUGUCUAAAGCUGUGGUCAAGACGACUUUUGAGGCGUCUCGCACGCUUCGUCCCAUCUACACCGGAGGCAGUACCGCUCUGGAUGCCAGCGGUCGAUUGCUGGUGACCUGUGUGGGCGAAGAUGCGCUGAUUGUGGAUCUUGAGACUGGCGACCAGCUUGCCAGUCUCGAAGGAGAUGGAGAAAUUAUUACUAGCCUGGCGAUCUCUCCGUCGGCAUCCCAUGUCAUAAUUUGCUCGCGGUCUAUGGCAAUGCGUAUCUAUUCCUUAUCACCUUACGAAGAGACCUCGAGAACCAUCGAAACCACUCUCCUCCGAACUUUGAAGCCUCAUACCGCACCUGUUGUGACAAUAGCCGUUGACCCUACUAGUACACUACUAGCAACCGGAGCUGCAGAUGGAUCCAUCAAGGUUUGGGACAUUAGAGGCGGCUACAUUACCCAUACUUUCCAUGGUCACGGGGGUGUCAUAUCAGCGCUCUGCUUCUUCCAGGUUCCGCUCCAAGAUGGAGAUGGAAAAUCCUUGAAGAAGAAGCAGUCGAAGAAAAAUCUCGUGGAUAUGGAUGGUGACGAGGACAUGGCCGAACCCUCUACCGUGACUGGCUCCGUAGAGGGCUUCCGACUUGCAUCAGGCGAUGAGGAGGGCAAAGUGCGGGUCUGGGAUUUGAACAAGAGAAAGCCGAUUGCAUCCCUUGAUGCUCAUGUCUCGGUCGUGCGCGGUCUGUCAUACUCUCCAACUGAAAAUGCAUUGCUGUCUGCGGCCCGCGACAAGACUGUCAUUGUCUGGGACGUAAAGACACUUAAAACGCGGAGAAUCAUCCCCGUACUCGAGAGUGUCGAAGCCGCCGCAUUUGUUGCAGAUAGCGGACUAUGCAUGGUGGCCGGUGAAAAUGGCAAGCUGCGCGUAUGGGAUUGCAAUCGCGGAGGAGAGGUGACCAGCGAGCAAGAGCCAGGCCCUGAUUUCGAGGCAGUGGUGGCGAUUCACUACUUUCCUGGCAUGGCCUUUACUUUGACUGUUCAUGCGGAUCAGACCCUGAAGCUUCAUUCUCUCGAGUCCCUCUCCGACUUCACGCCGGGCUCUACGCUGGAUCCUUUAGCUGUCGUCAGGCGAAUCUCCGGAAAUGAUGACGAUAUCAUCGAUCUAGCAUACGUCGGCCCUGAUCGGUCAAUGCUUGCGCUUGCGACGAAUACAGAAAGUAUCCGCAUAGUAUCAGUCAGCCCAUCGAAAGAUCGUCCGUCGAGUCUGGAAGGCGAGUAUUUCGGCGCGGAUGUCGCACAUCUUGAAGGUCACGACGACAUCAUCAUCUGCAUCGAUGUGGACUGGUCCGGCCAUUGGCUCGCGACGGGUGCCAAAGACAAUUCGGCUCGUCUCUGGCGUCUUGAUCCCAAGACAUCAUCUUACACAUGCUUUGCUGCUUUCACAGGUCACGCAGAGUCGCUGGGGGCUAUCAGUCUUCCUCGAGUGCCACCACCGGCCAAUACACCUGCACGCAAUGAUCCUUUGGACCAUCCCCCCUCCUUCCUGCUUACUGGUUCUCAGGAUCGAACCAUCAAGCGAUGGGACACAGGGAAGUUGGCUGCCCUGACUUCCUCGAAGCCACAUGCGCCUAAGGCUCUCUACACCCGGAAAGCCCACGAGAAAGACAUCAAUGCUCUUGAUAUCAACCCUUCAUCUACCCUGUUCGCUUCGGCUUCUCAGGACCGUACUGUGAAGAUCUGGUCGACAGAAGAUGGCUCUGUUGUUGGCGUCCUUCGCGGGCACAAGAGAGGAGUUUGGUCUGUUCGAUUUGCGCCUCACGAUACCCCUGUCAUCAAUUCCGAUACCGGGAGCAGUACCAACAGAGGCUUGAUUGCCACAGGCUCUGGAGACAAGACUGUGAAACUGUGGAGCUUGUCGGAUUAUAGCUGUCUUCUCACAUUCGAAGGACACACAAACAGUGUUCUCAAAGUCAUUUGGCUGCCACCUUCAGAAGUUUCGACUAAGGACGUGGCUGAGGAGGACGAAGAUGCAGAAGCUUCCCCCCGGAAUCCUGCUAUUCAGCCAAAGCCUCUUCUCGCAUCUGCAGCUGCCGACGGGUUGGUCAAGAUUUGGUCGCCAUACACCGGCGAGAUCGAGACUACCCUUGACAACCAUACCGAUAGGGUGUGGGCCCUGGCAAGCCCUACACCUUCCGGCUCUCGCGCAGACGCCCAGUCCCCAUCCAGUCGAGAUCUCUCUGCUCCCUACGCACUUGCCUCUGGUUCCGCUGAUUCCACUGUCACAUUCUGGACUGAUACGACGUCCGCGACGUACACCGCUGCAGUGAGCGCCAACUCUGCGCGCAUCGAGCAGGAUCAACAGUUGCACAACUACAUCAGAGCAGGAGCAUACCGCGAAGCCAUCACGUUAGCACUCCAGCUCAACCACCCUGGAAGGCUCCUUUCCAUAUUCUCAACCGCAAUUGACGCUGCCGAUAAUCCGUACUCGACAGACGCCGAUCAUAACGAUAGCGCCAACAGUCUAACUGGCGACCCGUCGGUGGAUGAGGUUCUCCAAUCUCUCGAUCCCUCCAAUCUUCGUCUCCUCCUACUUCGACUUCGCGACUGGAAUACCAAUGCACGCACCUCGCGUGUAGCGCAGCGCAUCUUGUUUGCUCUUUUCAGGUCAUAUCCCGCAUCUACCUUUGUCGAGUUGGCCAAAUCCAGCAUGGCGAAGCGGGGCGGCGAUGCUCGCACCGCAGCCGGCAUGAAAGAUAUCCUGCAGGCUCUGGCGGCAUAUACAGAGCGUCAUUAUCGACGGGUUGAGGAACUGACGGACGAGAGCUAUCUCGUUGAGUGGGUCUUGAGCGAAAUGGACGGCGGCAUUAGUCUAUUCGGGUCCAUCGGCUCUCAUGAGACCGACGGUGGACUCGAUGAGGAGGUACUCAAACAUGAAAAGGACUUUGUCAUGCUGGGUGUAUGA